AUGGCAGGCGGCAGCGGCGGCGGCGCCGGGGGCGCCCGGCUGGUCGACAGGACCGCCGCCAGGGUGGCGCCGCGGGAGCUGCUGGUGGGCGGGCGGGCGCGGCAGCAGGAGGACCGCUUCCCCUACAUGACCCGCAUCCACUUCCUGCUGGACGACACCCUAGGCCUGCUGCCGGGGUGCGGCGGCACCCUCGUCACGCCCCGCGUGGUGCUGACGGCGGCGCACUGCAUGGCGCUGGCGCUCAGGGACGGAUCCAACGUCUUCCUCCGCGUCGGCGCCUACAACCCGCUCACGGAUGAGGCCCGCAGGCACAAGUUUGAGAAGCGGCGGGUGGCGGCCUUCCGCACCCACCCCGACUACGUGCAGCUGCCAGAGGACCAGCCCACCAGCCCCCACGACCUGGCCCUCAUCCUACUGGACAGCCCCGUACCGCCAGACUUCCCCACCAUCACCCUGCCAGACGCGGACACGCCUUACCCCGACCACGGCGAGCAGCUGCAGGCGGUGGGGUGGGGCAGCACCGACACAGACAACACGCAGGUGGCGUAUGCGCUGCACGACGUGGGCCUGCCCGCGGUGGACCUGGAGCGUUGCGCCCAGCAGUGGAGCUACGCCGGCGCGGGGGCGGGCGUGAUCAGCCAGGGGCACCUGUGCGCAGGCCUGCAGUCCCAGCAGAAUAUCUGCUUCGGCGACUCUGGCGGCCCGCUGCUGCGCCUGGGCGACAGCGCGGCCAGCGACGUGCAGCUGGGCAUCACCAGCUUCUCCUUUCCAGAGUGCGCACUGCCGGGCAUGCCCAGCGUGUUCACCUUCCUGCCACGCUACAGGAGCUGGAUCGACGAGCAGGUGCUGGAGCUGGACCCCCCAGCCCCUCCCUCGCCGCCGCCGCAACCUCCCAAGCCCUCGCCGCCGCCACCGCGGCCACGGCCAUCGCCGCCACCGCGCCCGCGGCCGUCGGCCCCUGAGGAAGAUGAGGAAGAGUCUGUGCGGGCAGCAGCCGCCAAGCAGGUUGAUGGCAAGGCAGCAGCGCCGGCCAGAUCAGCAGACAAGGAGGAGGCGGGCAAGGGCACGCAGCGGGAGGAGCAGGAGCAACCUACGCCGACGAAGGAAGAGCGGGUGGAUCAGAAGCAGCAGCCUAAUGAGCCCCUACAAACAAAGGAGGAGGAGCAGGAGGAGCAGGAGGAGCAAGAGGAGGAGGAACAGGAGAAGCAGCAGCAGCAGCAGGAGGAGGAAGGGCAGCCACCUGAUGCAGAGGAGGAGGGGCAGGAGGACGAGGAACCAAAGGAGGAGGAGAAGGAAGCCGAGCAGGCACCCACCCCGGAAGAGGACGAGGAGUAG